AUGCCAGUUACCUAUAAUCUGAGCGGUUAUAAUCCAGAAUACUUCAUUUUGGUGGGGGUCCCAGGCCUGGAGCAAUACCAUGUGUGGAUAGGGAUACCUAUCUUCUUCAUCUAUAUUGUGGGCAUUGUGGGAAACUCCAUCUUUCUCUACCUGAUAGCAGUGGAGCGGAGCCUUCAUGAACCCAUGUUUUUCUUUCUCUCCAUGCUAGCCAUGACUGAUCUCGCCUUGGCCACAGUUGGUGUUCCUAAAGCACUUAGUAUAUUUUGGCUUGGGAAUCGAGUAAUCACAUUUGCAGGGUGCCUUACACAAAUGUUCUUCCUUAGCUUUGUUGUGGAUUCAGCCAUUCUGCUGGCCAUGGCCUUUGAUCGCUAUGUGGCCAUCUGUUCUCCCUUGAGAUAUGCCACCAUAUUGACCCCCAGGGUCAUUAUCAAGAUUGCCGUGGCCAUCAUCUUCCGAAGCUUCUGGCUCAUAUUUCCAGUAAUAUUCUUGCUCAAGCGCCUACCUUAUUGUAAGGCCCGUGUCAUACGCCACACCUACUGUGAACAUAUGGGCAUUGCUCGGCUCGCUUGUGCUGAUAUUACCAUCAACAUUUGGUAUGGGUUCUCUGUUCCUGUCAUGACAGUCAUCAUUGACGCUCUUCUCAUCUGUGUUUCUUAUGUUCUUAUCCUCUCUGCUGUUUUCCGCCUACCCUCCAAAGAUGCCCGCCAAAAGACUCUUGGCACCUGUGGUUGCCAUGUUUGUGUCAUCCUCAUGUUUUAUAUACCAGCCUUAUUCUCUAUCCUUGCCCAUCGCUUUGGACACAAUGUCCCACUCACAUUCCACAUCAUGUUUGCCAACCUUUACAUCGUUAUCCCUCCAGCACUCAACCCCAUUGUCUAUGGAGUAAAGACCAAGCAGAUCAGAGAUAAGAUCGCACUUUUGUUUUGUUCCAAAGACAGAAAGUAA